GGGAGCAGCAGUCCGCCUCGCACACCGGCGACGAGCGGCGAGCGAGCGAGCGCGGCCGCACAUACAGCGCCAGCCCCCAUGCGCCUCGCGCUCGCGUCAUGAGCGGCGCCCGCCCCCGCUCCGCGCCGCUGCUGCUGGCGCUCGCGGCCGCCUUCCUCCCGCAAGCCAACCAUGUCGCGGGUGCCGGUGGGGGAGGCAUGUUCGGCGACGUCAAUAUAUCAGCCAUUUUGGAUUCAUUUAGUAUAAGUUACGACAAAAGAGUAAGACCGAACUAUGGAGGACCACCCGUGGAAGUGGGGGUUACCAUGUACGUGCUCUCCAUCAGCUCUCUGUCUGAAGUGAAAAUGGAUUUCACAUUGGACUUUUACUUCAGACAAUUUUGGACCGAUCCCCGGUUAGCGUACAAAAAAAGAACCGGAGUUGAGACUUUGUCUGUGGGCUCGGAAUUCAUAAAGAACAUAUGGGUACCUGACACGUUCUUUGUAAAUGAAAAGCAAUCUUAUUUCCAUAUAGCAACAACCAGCAACGAAUUCAUACGUAUACAUUAUUCUGGCUCUAUCACUAGAAGUAUCAGAUUGACGAUCACAGCGUCUUGCCCGAUGAAUUUACAAUACUUCCCGAUGGAUCGGCAGUUGUGUCACAUAGAAAUUGAAAGUUUCGGCUACACCAUGCGGGACAUCAGAUACAAAUGGAACGAGGGGCCCAACUCUGUGGGUGUUUCCAGCGAGGUGUCGCUGCCGCAGUUCAAGGUGCUGGGUCAUCGCCAACGAGCUAUGGAGAUCUCCCUUACUACAGGAAAUUAUUCACGGUUGGCUUGUGAAAUACAAUUCGUUCGGUCUAUGGGAUAUUACCUAAUCCAGAUUUAUAUUCCCUCUGGUUUGAUUGUGAUCAUAUCAUGGGUAUCAUUUUGGUUGAAUCGAAAUGCCACACCUGCUCGAGUAGCGCUAGGUGUCACCACUGUAUUGACUAUGACGACGCUCAUGUCGUCCACUAAUGCUGCUCUGCCCAAAAUCUCAUAUGUCAAAUCCAUCGAUGUCUAUCUGGGAACCUGUUUCGUUAUGGUCUUCGCUAGUCUACUAGAAUACGCUACAGUGGGAUACAUGGCAAAAAGAAUACAGAUGAGAAAACAAAGAUUUGUGGCCAUACAGAAAAUAGCUUCUGAAAAGAAAAUUCCCGUUGAUUGCCCACCCGUAGGCGACCCACAUACUUUAUCCAAGAUGGGAACACUUGGCAGAUGCCCACCUGGAAGACCAUCGGAGGUGCGGUUCAAAGUGCAUGACCCAAAAGCGCAUUCUAAAGGCGGGACCUUAGAGAACACUAUUAAUGGAGGUCGUAGCGGAGCAGAAGAAGAGAACCCAGGCCCGCCCCCACACAUUUUACAUCCUGGCAAGGACAUAAGCAAAUUGCUCGGCAUGACUCCCUCGGACAUCGACAAGUACUCGCGCAUCGUGUUCCCCGUCUGCUUCGUUUGCUUUAACCUUAUGUACUGGAUCAUUUACCUUCACGUAUCUGACGUCGUGGCUGACGAUCUGGUUCUACUGGAAGAGGAUAAAUAGAGGGCGCUGUACAUAAUCCACUUAUUUUCCACAAUUGCAAGCCAAAUAAUAAUUUGAAACAAACAAUUAACUCUACUAUUCCCCUGUCAGAAAAGUACCUUUUGAAAGGUCUUGAUGAAUUUUUAUUGUAAUCGGAGAGACUUUGAAUCUCGAUUUAAUUUUUAGAUAUUUAUACAUACUAUAGUUGAAAAUACUCAUAACGUACAAUUAUGUAAAUAUUUCAAAGAAUCAAAAUUAUGAUGAAUAUGAACGAUUUAGCAUAAGACCUAGAUCUUUUCUUGGAGUCCGAGGUAGAGUCCAAACGACUGACGCUUUAAGUCUUAAUAUAUCACGUCAUGCGACGUGUUGCUAUUAUUGAUUUUAAACAAAUUUAGUAGAUAAGUUUUAAUAGUAAUAUAAUUUAUUACGUUGCUACUUUAAUAUUUAACUAUUUGAAUGUGUAAAUAUAAUACAAAAUUUCUUUGACUUUGUCGUAGUCGGGUAAAAUUAUUAGUAAAGUUUAGCAGGUUAUGUCUAUUCAUAACUAGUGAUGAAGUUAUUAUCUUACAAUAAAAUAGGUGUCCUAAUAAAAUUCUGAUUAAAUUUGUGUUUCAAAGUUCCUAAAUUUAAAAUAUGGGGAAUAGUUAUUACGCCUCUACUUAUACAAAGUAAAGUUUCAAAUUAUUAUCAUUAUUAAAGUGGUAAAAUGAGUGGUCCUAAUUCACAAUAAUAAGAAUCUGAUGCUCAAAUUUCUCAGCUUACAUUAGUUUUAGUAAACUUUUGUAAUUACGUCAUAAAAUUAGUGAUUCGUUCAUUCUUUGCUAAUAUCGUUGUGACAAUAUCAUUAGGAAUUUUGUUUUUUAAUUGUAGUUGCAGACCAUUCCAAUGUCCUAAACUAUUUUUAUUUUAAUCGUAGUUUUAUUUUAUAACUUGUAAAUGAUUCUGAAUGUUUUGAGCAAUUAAUUUUGCUUUACAUCAUUGAAUGCGUGUUGAGUUUUGACCAUUUUAUUAUAUCCUUCGUGUUAUUAGUUUAGUACCUACCUACUUACUUACUUUAUUCAAAAUGAAUUACCUAUAGAUAAAUUGGUUACAUCAAAAAUCAGCAGCAUUCAACUAUUCUUAGAACAUACAUAUUCCUACAUAUUCCUUAAAAUAUUCACCUAUAACCAUAAAUCUAUUCUUAUUUCCAUCAUUAUGUUGGAGCGAUUCAGUUCCUUUAGAGGCAUGCAGGCGCCAAAUGUUAACAAUUCUAAACCCAGCAUGUAUGUUCCCACUUUCGUCAUAUUGUAUUUUCUCAAUACAUCGACUUCAAGUAUCUAACAAAGCUUCUGGUUUAUUCUUUUCAUCUUUAUUUCGAUUUAAGCUAAAUAUUUGAUACCUACUUAUUCACUAAAAUAUGGUAUCCAAUAUUCAGAUCAAUUUUCUUUCAUGAAUAUUGCGUAGACUUAGUCCUACUACGUUACGUUCACGUGUGUAUAACUUAUGUGCAUUUUUUGUAUUCAACGCCAAUAAUACCUCAACGUAUUUCAAUCAAUACAACUAAACUCGACGUAGACUAAUUAACACUGAAAAGUGUGCAAAGCCAGUAGUAGUCGAAGAAAAUGUUUAAACUAUAUUUAGAUGCAAAUGUCAAAUACAAUAGCCAGAAUUUAGAAAGUUUCAAACGCAACAGUCACGAUAAUUUAAUAAAAUAUUCGACCUUAGCGACUUAGAUUUUCUCUUAAUUUUUUUAUAUCUGUAAAAUUUUAGUUAUUUUGUGACUCACGUAAACCUUUUACAUAAUUUUAAAUAGUAAACUCUUCCAUCAAAAUAAAUUUAUAUAUUAAUAAAACUUCCAUAUGCUAAAACACAUCUUCAAACGCCGAUUGUUUACUUGUCAUUAUCAAUAAUAAUAUGCAUUUCAUCGUAAGCCGUAUGUUCUACAUAUGUAAAGACAUAGUUCAGUCCUGUAUUUAAAUAUUACCUCUGAGAAUAUUUGCUAUUUCUUUACUAGCCGCACAAUUAGUCCAUGCAACGCUUUCUUAAAUUAGUUCAAUUUAGAUGAAUUAGCUUUUGCUCGCUAGUAUUCUACUAAAUCAGUAGUUAAAGCAUAAUUGAGCAUUAGAAAUGAGUUGUUAAUUUGGGAAUAUUAUUCGUAGGCUAGUCACUGUAAAGGUGAUGGGUGCCGAAUAAAUGUUCCUAACUUCACAACGGUUAUUACUUCUCGUACCCUCAAAUAUCUGACAAGCAGGGCUCCUGUCUUCAGCUACGACACGCAACGGGACUGCUGUGCGUCACGGGUUCCAUAUGGUUUAAAUUUAAUAAUAUUAUAACAUCCUAAAUAUUGAGGUAAGCUGGAACGAACAUAAGUUCAGAUUUACGAGUGCAUUACAAAGCGUAACCAUUUAUGAAUGAAUAAGGCCAAAGUAAAUUUUAGUUCUAUUAAAAGAGUGUUAAGACCAUGUACUAGUGCAUACUAAAUUAGAAGAUUUGGACAGAAGAGGGCGAGUUACUAUUUAUGAGCCAUAUAAGGUGUUCUGCUGAUUCUACGUGCCCUCUACGAACACGUCUAAAAUGUACAAUAUUAUAUCAGCAGUCCAUCUUAACUACCUUAUGGAACCUGCUCGUAAGGAAUUUAUUUCCUGGUGGAAAAGUAAAAGGCUAGAAUUAUUUAUGUUUAAAAUAUCGAAUAAGUGUGAUAAAUAUUAAAUCAAUUCCCUUAGAAGUUAGACGUAAAUUAUCAAAAGUGAAAUCACUUCGAUGUAUCGAAAUGUAUUCCAAUAAAAGCUUGAUUGUUUUUUUUUAUUAUUUAUUAAUAAAAAUAUUUUGUGGUAGAAUGUAAAAAGUAGAUACUGUACAUUUUGGAUGACUCAUUUUAGGCAAACAUUAUUAUAAUUAUGUACUGUAUAGGUACAUUUUAGGCUGUAAUGUACACACGACAUUAUUUAUUAUAAAAUCAUAUAAAUAGCACUCAGAAUAUAAGGCACCAUGUAAUUAAUCUGUGUAUUCACUUUUAUUUCAUUGCAAUUAACUAUCGAAGUCUGUUAAAUUACUUAAUAAAAGUUAUAGAUUAAGAGAGCAUAUACAUAUAUGCUGGUAGUAAAAUAAAUGAAAGUAGGUUCUAAGACGCGACAUCGGCCACGUCUCUCCGAAACGAAAUUCUAAAAUAUUUGUCUAGUGACUAGAAACUAAGUUGAAGACACUUAUUUCUAAGAAAGUUUAUCUUAGAUAUUGUCUAUAAUAUGUGUAGCUGUGCACUUUCAGAAGUAAAUUUGUCCCUUGGCAGGGAACGCUGAAAAAUGUAUUAAUUCCAUGUUUUACCUUUCAGAUGAACGACACAAACUAGCACUUAUUGAUUUAUUGAAAGCAAAACUUAAGUAGAUGGCAGGGAGAUUGACUGGUGUACCAUUGUUUAUUCUAACAAGUAUAUUCAAUUUUGUCAGCCUUCUCUGGAUAUCUUUAAGUAUAGGGUAGCAAAUAAAAACGUAGCUAUACUUUUUUAUAUUUAUCUUUUUACACCACUUAUACACACACGAUAUAAAAACAGGAAUUUGACUAGUAUAAAUUGAUUCAAAUUUAAAAUAAUCAAAUGAAAUUAAGUACCUGAUACAGAAAUAUAUUAAAAAUAUAUUUCAACAUUUGUUAAAUAACUGGUAGGUACUUUUGACAUCAAUUAGAUAAUUAGCGCCAAAAUUAAAAUCUAAGAUUCGCUCAAAACGUUCAUUAAUCUAAUAUAAUUGAGUCAGAUAGCCAAAAUCAUCAAAGAAGAUCAAUGUUGAUCAAUCUAAUAACAUCAGAUAGGCUUCAUUAUUUUCAUAGCUCGAAUGCAGAAAAGUCAGUGACAAUUUAUACUAGUCUUUGCAUAACUGAAAACAGCUUCACUUUCAGGUUACUCCCAAACGACGUAAUUUGAUGGUCUUUCUUUCUUCAUCUAAUGAUGAAAAGACUUAACUCUGACAUAACUUUGGAUCUUACAUCAUGCUCCCUUCGUCAACUUAAAAAUCGAAUUUGAAUAAUUCUGUAAUUAAGAGUACGUAAAAAUAAAAAUGUUGUGUCGUGCUAGAUAUGUAUAUUAGAAUUUAAUGUAUGUAUUUAUUUUCUACGUAGAGGCGUCCGUUUUUCUGGAAUAUUUGUACUAACGAUGCCAUGACUACUUAUGAAAGCCACAAUGUAAGUUUAUCGAGAUUUCUUAUUCUUAUGGCACCGCAAGGCGUCGAUUUAGUAAAUAGAUAAAAUAUUUGUAUGAGUUAUCUCCAUAACUGACAAGGGUCCUUAAAAUGAAAAGACAGCAUGUACCUACCUUUACCAUUGCUGAGUGGAUUUUAACACUAUAUUUAUACCUAAUUAGCAGCAGUGAAAGUCUUUUUAUCCAUUAGAAAUUAUUUUGAGAGUAUUUACCAUUGAAAUAGUUUUAAAAUAAAAAUAUAUUGCAACGUUAUAAGAUAAAACACCAAAAAUGCCUACCAAGCUGUCAAUCACAAUUUUUUAAUAAUAUAAGAUAAUAUACUCAAAACAUUACACAGUAAGUAGUAUAUAAACCGUUACCCGAUUUGAAUUUUUAUUAUCAGUAUGGUGUUUUUGUACGACGUUUACAUAGCAUUUAAAAGGUUUCUUUCAACUAAGUUUACUUUAAAAACUGUACUGUAAAACUGUAAACUGAUUAACCCAGGAUUUUUUUACCGCUUGAUUCAUCGAUUUCUAAAGUUCAUACACUGUAGGCGUAUCUUUCAAAUAGGGACGCUUUCUUUAUUGUAGUACCUGCUAGGAAAUAUUAUAUAUUGUGUCUAGGUAAUGGCUAAAGCGCUUUGAGGUCAUGUUGAAGUAAAUAAUGUAAACAAUUUAUAUUGCAGCAGCAAUUAUGAUCAAUAGUCACAAACUCCAGCAAAAAUCCACACAUACAUUUCUUACUUAGUGUUAUGUUGUUACAUCAUUAUUUAACAUCCACAACGCUUACACAGUUUUUUAAUAUAACGAGCUACUAAUUAUCAAAAUGUAUAAAUAGGUAUAUCAAUAUUUUAUUAUUAUUGAUGUUUAUUUAUUAGUGUUAUAUAACCUGUUUUUAGAGUACCAUGUUAUCCAUUUUUUCUUCAUAAACUAUGAAAAUGACAUGAUAUGUUUUGAAAAACAUCUUUACAUCGAUAUUCUCCGUUGAAAUAUUUUUAGAAAUAUAAAUUUUGUAAGUUGUAUUUCAUAAGGUAACUAUAAAUGUUAAUAAUAACAUGCAAUAAUUAUGCGCUUUUAUUAAUGUUAUUACCAAUAUUAAAAGUGUACCCUAACCCUUUAAACAAAUAGAUUUUCUCAAGAGACGCUAGAUAAAUUUAGGAAGUGGUUACAGAAUUGAAUGAUACUACCUAUUGAACGCACGUGUCUUAGAUAUUAUAGAGUUUUAUAAAUUAUAGAUUUACAAUAGUAUAAAUAACCAAAUGAUCAUGGAUGGAGGAAUAGUUGUCACUUUUAAAAUGAUGUAGUAGCACUUUAUCGUUUAGUUUUAUUGGAUAGGUCUUCUUUAAAUGGACUAUUGAUUGUGAGCCAUAUUUUUGGUACACAUAUGCUUACCACAUAUUAAGCCAAAUGUAUCUUCAUUACUGAUUCUCUUGAAGUAUUGAUUUGUUUCUGUUGCUGAUGCAUACAGUUAUCAAUCAAAAUCUAUUGUGUGACUUUGAAAAAUAGGAAAAAGCCUAAAUUCAUCUGACUUUUAAUUAUUGAAUUGUUUGCAUAAUUGUAAUGAUGAUUUAUUCCGUUUUCAGUUAGCUAAAAAAUAAUUACUUGGUAAUACGUAAACUCAUAGACUUACUCGUAAAUUGAUUUACACAGUUAUUUCAUUUUUACCUAAAGAGGUAAAAAAGCAAGAAACUAAGUAAUUUUAUUAAGUUUGUAGGAAGAGAAUAACAGAAUUGAACAACUGUUGCACACAAGCUUUGUAGCCUAUAACUGCAUCAUUUAUUUAAAAUAAACUCUUCAAAACUGCUGUCAUUCCUCCCUACCAUAUCAGACAUUUUCUUCCUACCACUUUCAAUUAGUUAUUAUCAGAAUAUACUUAUAAUGAUAGGAUAAACUACUAACAUUUAAGUUACCAUUAUUCAUGACUAUCUCCAGUUUCUUCCAACUCUACUGAAAGUAAUUCACGAUUCUUAAUCGCCUUCAAUAAAUAACUUCCGCACGUCUAUAUCAACUUUAUUUAAUGAAUAAUAUUAUAAAUUAACUAGUACUUAGUAAUGUUAACUGUAUUGCUCACAAGUAACAUAAACGUAUAUUGGAAACUUCAUCUAGUCUCGGACUUAUUGCACGCUACUAACAAUACUUACAUACCUACUUGCAGAUAAAAUAGUCAUUAAGUCAGCUCUUAUUAUUUGAAUGAAAAAUAUGAACACACUGAAAAAAGCCAAGGAAAACGAUUUGACACCACGAAUCGUAUUUUUUUAUCAAAAAUUUUGGCAAGUUGCUAGUAAUUUACCCAUAUACAAGUUGCUAGAAAGAAAAUAUAUAGAACAAAUAGAUGAUUUUACAGAAAUAGAGUAUGAACAAUAUGUAAUCGUAGUAUAAAAUAGAAGGAAAUUAGAAUAAAAAGGAUAUGACAGAGUUGAUAAGGAUUGAUCACGUAUUCGUAGAUGUUUAUGUGAAACAUAAACCUUAUUUUGGACCAUUUGUUUUGGAAGCUUGAAUUAUGACCGAACACCAUUCUGUUGGUAGGAAAUGAACAUGUAAACAUUACGAUAUUUCAGCUGAUCGACUUAUUACACAUUAAUUGACUGUGGCACAUUAACUUGUAUUCGUUAUACAAUGCAUAGUCUUCUUUCUACACUAAGUCCGAAAUAACAUGGCGUGUGUAAAGUUAGUCGAUUGUCUUCGCAGUCAAAAAGCUACAUAACUUCAGAUUCGUCAAGCUAUUUUGGACGUCCCGAAUACAUACGCUGUACAAGUGCAUGGUGAAGUGGCAUAGUCGAUACUAAAUCUCAAAACUAUUGUGUUUUCGAUUUUGUUAAUGUAAAGUGAACACUCAGAUUUAAUUAUUCUUUGCUACACUAUUGUCAUUUGUGUACUUAGGAAUGAUUAUUUAUAUGUGAAAAUGAUAAAGAGGAAAUAAAACAUUUUUCAAAUAACGA